AUGCCAGAGCCCAAGAAAGGAACCGAUCACAUGCUGCAGUAUACGCUGAGCAACCUCAACAACUGCAUAGACGAUGAUUCUAGCAGCGGCAAUAUCGAAUGCAUCGGGGUGCAAGACUCCAUGCAGGCAAGCACUGUUUUAGAAGAGAGCACUGUGCAACAAACGCACGAUUUGACAACCGAAAACACAUUUGAAAAUGAAAGUGCUAGAAACGCACGGGAAAUCUACCAAAUGCAAGCAAAAGACCGCUCUGAAAGAAAUGACAUGGGCGGUAGCAAUACUCUAUCGCCUGAGAAGGUGAACAGUGCAGGGAUAUGUGACUGGAGAGAGUAUGCGGAUGAGCAUGCCGAAAGAAAAAUAACAGAACUCAGCCAUGCCGUGUGUGAGGCCAUGGAUAAAAGCAUGCUUGUGGUAUACAAGCUUCUUGAGCAGAGAAAGCAGCUAAUAGAAGCUGUAAUGAAAAAAGCGCGCGCGCCUAAACCACAGAUAGAGACAGGCAGUGCCGUACAUGAAAGUGACAGAUUCAUGGGUUCUGCGGCAGCAGACACUAGCAUUAUACUAAGCAUGCCUUUUACUGCAGACAAGCAUGUUUAUUCGCAGUCUAUGAUGCCAAAUCCACCAUAUAAAGAAACACCCCACAGAGACAUCUAUUCUGACAGCAGAUUCACAAACCCAAUUGAAAUGGAUAGUAGCAUGGCAGAUAUAGAAAGAGAUGUGCAGAGUGUUUUGCGAAUAAAAGAGGCCCCGCAGGAAAACAUAUAUACUGCUGCAUCCAGCAUACACGGCAUGUCCAGAAUUCCGAUGGAAAGCCUGCAGAAAAGCACGCUGCAUGGUGAGAUAAAGAGCGCCUCUGACCAAGCAGCAUCAAGCAAAGAAGAGUACGUGCAGAAUGUGGAAGAGUUUGGAAGUCGUGAUAUUACAUUCCAGCAGAUGCAGGCAUAUGCGUGUCUUAGAAAGGUGUUCAAUCUCUAUGACUUUAGGCACAACCAGCUGCAGAUUAUCAGCUCAGUGCUUGAAGGGAGAGACGUGUUUGUACUGAUGCCCACGGGGGGAGGAAAGUCUUUAACGUUCCAGCUUCCUGCAAUUAUUUCGCCGGGUGUAACUGUUGUUGUGAGCCCUCUGCUUGCUCUCAUUCAGGACCAGAUAAAAAACCUUCUUGUCCGAGGCAUUCCUGCAGUGGCCAUCAAUUCUUCGCUUACUAAAGGCGAAAGGGAAACGGCAUAUAACAUGAUUAUGCUUACCGGGCUAGAGAAGGAUAAGCACCUUCCUGCAAAAGACCGCAUGCCUGUUACCCGAAUUGUAUAUGCAACUCCAGAGCUUCUUGUGGAAAGCAGAACUUUUAAUCGCACGCUGGAGACUCUGAUGCGCACAAAUCGCCUAACAAGAUUUGUGGUUGACGAGGCACACUGUGUUUCGCAGUGGGGACAUGACUUUCGGCCAGACUACACACAGCUCUUUCUUCUUAAAGAACGGUAUCCUUCCGUGCCGAUCACUGCACUGACUGCAACAGCAACCGCCGCAGUAAAAAAAGACGUGACAGAUGCGCUGCGCCUAAAAAACUGCAAGAUAUUUUCGCAGAGCUUCAACCGCCCAAAUCUGAAAUAUCUGGUGGUUCCAAAAAACAAAAAUGUAAUAUCAGACAUGGUGAGCUUUAUAGAGACGUACUUCCCUGCUGACUCUGGAAUUAUAUACUGUCUCUCUAAGCGAGACUGCGAGUGGCUUGCUGAGGUUCUUCACAAGGAGCACAACAUCCCUGCAGGAUAUUACCACGCAGGCCUGUCCACAAAGGAAAGAACAGAGAGAGCGCGCAGCUGGGACUCCUCAAAAAUUCGGGUUAUUGUGGCUACCAUUGCAUUUGGAAUGGGUAUAGAUAAGAAGGAUGUUCGCUAUGUGAUACACUACUCGCUGCCCAAGUCGCUGGAGGGAUACUAUCAAGAGACUGGGCGCGCGGGAAGAGACCAAAUGAACUCUGUCUGUAUUCUUUACUAUACAUACAGCGAUAAAAAGAAAAUUGAGUUCAUGAUCGACAAAAACGAAGGGUCUUCCGCAGAGGCAAAAUCUCGCCAGAGAAGACAUUUGCAGGAGGUUAUAUCGUACUGUGAGAAUAAGGCGGAGUGCCGGCGGUACCUGCUUCUUCACUACUUUGGGGAGACAUUCAACAAGUUCUGCACUAAUGGGUGCGAUAACUGCGAGAGAUCAGGAUCUGUGCAGCAAAUAAACUGCCUAGACGAGGCCCAUCAAAUAAUAAAGAUUGUGCAAAAAGAAAAGCUCAUUACAGAGGGGCAGCUUGUGACAGAGAUGCGCCUGUGCUCAAAGAAAACAAAGGAUAUGCUUUCAAGAAUAGUUAGAUGGCUAGUUGGAAAAGGGCACCUGGAAACAAAGCUUGUCAUGGGCGCACGCGGGUUUUCCUGGAGCUAUCUAAAGCCAGGGCAGGGCAUUCCUAAAGAGGUGCUCAUCAGUAUGCACACUGAGGAAAGCAAGCCCCGAGCCCGGCCCAAGAUGAUUAAAAAUACCGCAAGCUCUUCAAAGUACUACGAGACUUUUGAUGGUAUGCAUGAUCUUGAUAUAUAG